UUCAAAAUGAAGUUCGCUGUCGCUGCUAUCCUUGGCUUCGCCAUGACUGCCGUUGCUAUCCCGGCCGCUAAGGAAAGCCAGCAGAAGCGGUUCAUCAACAAAGCUUCCGCCCAAUGCGCGGUUUCGGACACCUACUGCUGCAGUCCUAGAAACGCUGAUAUCACCGACGUUGCUCUGAACCUUGUGCUCGAGGAGGGCACUAUGAUUGAAAGCGUCCUCAAUGGCCAGGAAUUUCUCUGUGCUGCCACUACGGUCGCUCAGGGUGUCAAUGAGCUUGUUGAUGCCUUGUUCAGACCGGACGGCGACAGCUUCGACUGCAAGGACAUCCUUUCCUGCUGCAACGGAUUCGGUAUAUGGAGGUACAACGGCAGCAUUUUGCUGGGGAUUAAGCUUCGUGAGGAUUUCAUAUCGGCUCCAGUCGCUAGUUGA